AUCAGGAGUUAGAAGUUCCGUGGGAUUGAACCGAAACUCGUUGGCCGUCAGAGGGAGUCGAGUUUCUCAUUUCUGCAGUACAGCAGUUUUGGUGUCACUUGUCUCUGCAGCUUCCUUGUAAGCACCGGGCUCAUCUUUUUAGGCUACUCAUUGCGAGCAGCGUUGGGAUUUGUGCCUCACUGAUAGCACAACUCUUCAUAAAGAAUAUUUUUUUUAGUUACAGAAACUGUGUCUCGUGACUUAGAACAAGUUGAUGCCUGUUUACAUUGAACAAAUACUCAAACUAUCUGGAUUAAGGAUUCGAGGACAACCAGCUCUUCAGUCUUGUUUAUCGACUUGAAAUUCGGCUGUCUAAACAUGUUGUGGAAACUAGCAGAUAACGUAAAGUACGAGGAGGACUGUGAGGAAAGACAUGAUGGCAGUAGUAAUGGAAACCCAAGAUUACCACACUUGCCCGCCGUGAGCCAGCAUCUCUAUAGCCCGGCACCAUCUCUGUCGCAUUCAGGCAGCUCCGACUUCCAGCCGCCGUACUUCCCUCCCCCCUACCAACCUCUGUCGUAUCCUCAGUCCAGCGACCCUUAUUCCCACAUUAGCGACCCUUUCAAUAUCAACUCUUUACACCAGUCUCCAGCAUCCACCCAGCAGCAGUCAUGGCCUGGUCGUCAGAGCCAGGAGAUUGGACCACGCGGCGGCCUCGCCAGCCAGAUACUCGGCCUGGAGGGUGGCUCGUCCGGGGUGAGAAGAGAAGGGUUUCGACGACCGGAGCUUUUACCUCCUCAUGUUCAAGGCAUCGACUCUAUUGGAGAGAACAUGGGGCUGCAUGAGAUGGGUCACGGUUUAGACGAUGUUCAGCAUGUGGAUGAUCACAGUAUUGUAAUGGCAGACCAGACAGUCAUCAAAAAAGUAUUAGGACUAAGAAGUGGCAGGAACCAUGAUCGCUUACAGAAGACUUAUUUUGAGGGUGGCUUUCUUGCGGGCCCAGUGUCUCUGCCAAAGGGGAACGCCCUUGGGCUACCCUUCCAGAAGGAGCAGCUGCUGGGCAUGGUGUCCAACCCCACAGAGGUCUUCUGCUCGGUGCCUGGACGUCUCUCUCUGCUCAGCUCUACGUCCAAGUACAAAGUGACGGUGGCGGAGGUGCAGCGGCGCCUGUCUCCCCCCGAGUGUCUCAACGCUUCCCUGUUGGGGGGUGUUCUGCGAAGGGCCAAAUCGAAGAAUGGUGGACGGUCCCUGAGAGAGAAGCUGGAUAAAAUCGGACUGAACCUGCCAGCCGGACGGAGGAAGGCUGCCAACGUCACACUGCUCACUGCACUAGUAGAAGGAGAGGCCGUGCACCUUGCCAGAGAUUUCGGCUAUGUGUGCGAGACAGAGUUUCCGGCAAAAGCCGUGGCAGAGUACCUUGGCCGACCACAUGUGGAACGUAAUGAAAUCAACUCCCGCAAAAACAUGCUCCUGGCUGCCAAACAAAUCUGUAAGGAGUUCACUGACCUGCUGAGUCAGGACCGCUCCCCGCUGGGGAACUCUCGUCCCGCGCCUAUCCUGGAGCCGGGCAUCCAGGGCUGUUUGACCCACUUCAGCCUCAUCACCCACGGCUUCGGAUCCCCAGCCAUCUGCGCCGCCAUGACUUCGCUGCAGAACUAUCUGAACGAGGCGCUCAAACAGGUGGACAAAAUGUACCUGAGCUCGGGCAGCGACACGCAAGGCUCGUCCGACGGCGGCAGCAAAAGCUCGGAGAAGAUGGAGAAACACAGGAAGUGAGGGACCCCAAGCACUCCCCCACACCCCCCACGCCUCCGGACAGGAAAUAGACUGUCACUCCGACUCUUACUUUGUUGCGUUUUAAACCACAUUACAAACUUGUCACGUGUUUGUCGUUGUUUGCUAUUUCAGUUUUAGGUCCUGAUUUUGUCCAUUUGUCACGCACCUACCCUCCAAGUCUGUGAUAGCCAUUUUUUCCCUUGACAUUGUUUGAAAUGAAAAAAGACAUUUAACACUUCUUUUUGUCUGUCGGUUCGGUCUCAUUGAAGCUCUCUGGGUCCCACGUGUGCAAGUGGUCGACAGAUUUUUAUGCAACAAUAGUGGCCUUUGGGCACUCUUUUUUUGGCAAAGGACAGGCUUACUUUCCCGAGGACAUCAUUUCAAGAUGGCUGGCUGCGUCAGUCUCUCUCAUACUUUGAUUGGGUGUGUGUGUGUGUGUGUGAGUGUGUGUGUGUGUGUGUGUGUGUGUGUGUGUGAGGUGGGCACGCAGUUUCCUCUGGCUUUUCCUCAAAGGUGCUGAUUCCGUAUUGGACGCGCAGAGAACUGAUGCUGUAUUUUCAGAAGACGUUAUUUGUUCUUUGCUCGUACUUUCAAAUGUCUUCAUUGGCAACAGUGUUAUUGUGUUUUUGACCAUGGGAGUGAUAUAAGUUGUUGAAUGCGAGAUUGAAGUGUAUGCAUGGGUGUGAAUGAAUUCAAAUAUGUAUUAAUUAAUACCUAAUAAGAAUGAUGAAAAGUAUAUGUCAUGGUAAGAGCAACAUUGUCAUCAGUAAAAGGUGAAAUGAAAUUAAUUUUCUUUGUGGAAUUAAAUUAUCUGGAACUGUAGUCAUAGACAUUCAAAGAUUUAAAAAAGUACCCGUGAGUGCUAAUAUAAAUGAAUAGAAAGCCAUUUGUUGUAUGCAUGUAUGUCUGUAUGUAUAUACAUUUGUAUAUAUGUCUUUUUAAAGGAGUGCUUUUAAUUAGAAAUAAGACAAAAACUGAGGAUUUUUUCACUUACCUUGACCUGAAUGUAAAUAUUUUCUAAUUUAUGUUGUAAUUUAAUGUGAUCUGUAAAUAUUGGUACAUUGCUGGUGUAAGGUUUAACUUUUUCAAAUGUGUUAAACUUUUGUAAAUGGGUUAGUUUUUUACCCUUUAGUGACUAGACAAUGGGAAUGAUAUGCUUCCCAUGUAUGUGUAAACUUUCAAAGGUACUGGGGCAAAAAAGAAUAAAAACUUGAUGCUGUU